AUGUCUUUUUGUUUUAUUGCUGAGGACGAGUUUGGUGGAGAAAUAAUCAGUAUCCGUGCCGGAAAGAGUUCAUUUCAUAUCCAUGAGAGUUUGGUAAAGGAAUCCUCCACCCUACGACACUCGUUGAGGAAGCAGAAGGAAGCCAGGGGGUAUGUGUACACGUUGAUAAUACCAGACAAGUACACCGAGGCUCUGCAGUGCUAUAUCAACUGGAUAUACCGACGCAUCAUCCCCUGUGCCGAUUCUGAGCAGCAGACGAGAAAAGAAUCGAUAAACUUGGUCAAAGCCUACAUCAUCGGAAAGAAAUUAGGAGACACCGAGUUCCAAAACGCCGUUAUCGACGAAGUCAUAGAGAGAGCGAGCGGGAAAUGUAACGGCAGUAUCAUCCUGCCCGACGCGGAGACGGUCCGGUUUACUUAUGAGGAAGCGAAAGGGCGUUCCGGCUUCAAGACUCUUCUGGUUGACUUAUAUGCAUCCAACACUAUCAAUGGCUACUUCUGUAAGCCUGCAUCCAGCAAGUAUCCGAAAUUGUUCCUCAUCGACGUUCUGUCUGCAGUUGCGGACAUGCGACGCACCGGACGGCCAAGCCCAACUGAAGGAGGCUCAAACAACAUCUGCAAACGCUUCCACAAGCACACUCAGGGGACAAAAUGCUAG